AUGCUAGGAAAAUCUUUAGCUUCUCCAUUGCUAACUCAUGAUUGUGCAACACGCUUUUGCUUUUCCACUCCUGAUGUUAUAAAUGCUGCACCAAAUAUCGGAUUGCCAAAUGUUUCACAAAAUCUGAACAGAAGGGCAUACUCACCAAGUUUCUCUCCCAAAAGAUGGGUGUUACAUUCAACUGCAGAAAUUGAAAAUACAGCUUUGACUGAUGAAGAGAGGAAGACAUGGGAAGCAUGCCAGGAAGCUAUAUCUGCAUUUAGUAUCACUAUUGAAGAGGGAGACAAGAUACUUGGAAAAGCAUUUGGCUUGGUUCAUUCACCUUACUGGGGUGAAAUACGGAAAAAGGAGGUACCAACUAUUGAGAUUGUAAAAGAAAAACUGGACUACCUUCGGAGCUUAAGCCUCUCUGACGAUGACCUAUGUAAGUUGCUCAAAAAAUUUCCGGAGGUUCUUGGAUGUAAUCUUGAACAUGAGUUGAAAACCAAUGUGCAGGUGUUGGAGAAGGAAUGGGGUAUAAAAGGGAAAUCUUUGCGUAACCUCCUCCUUCGAAAUCCAAGAGUAUUGGGUUUCAAUGUUGAUUGCAAGGGAGAUUGUAUGGCACAAUGCACACGAUGCUGGGUCCGGUUUUAG